AUGCUGUGCACAUCCAUGCGCCGGGCCCAUGCCUGCGUGGCGCACAUCCGCCUGACGUCCUCGUUGACACCGUACGCGUCCGCGCAACUCCCCAAAACGCCGGCCACGUCUCUCGUCUCCUCCUCGUCCACGACCGCCACUGCCGCCGCUGCGGCCUCCUUGCAAGCAUACGCGAUGCCACGACGUUGGCAGUCCUCCGCCACCCCCAACCCAGGCGCCGCAACUGCAGCACCCGAUUCCCACAUGAUGGAGCAGCCACAGCAGGGUAGCAUUGUCGUCACGUACAGCCCGGGAUCUGGCGCGGCCGGCAAUGGACUGACGCUUCCGACGACAGCGCUCACCGGGCAUUGUGACGUUAUUUCCGAAACCUUGUCCAAGGCGGAUGAGCUGCUGCAGCAGAAGAAGGCGCAGGAGGCGCUUGGUACUGGAGCGGACAUCCUCACAGCGGAAGGCAUUGACGAGAUGGUUGAAGAGUUGAAGGAGAUCACGACGAGCGAGGUCGAGGUGCUCGUGGGGCAGAUGCGGUCGCCGGCGGUGGUGCAGCAGGCUGGCAUGCACGAGCUGCGUCGCACGCUCUACUACGCCACCUCACUGAAGGCGCGUGACUGGAUCGAGCCGGCGCAGUAUACGUCUGUGAUGCGUGUCUUGACCGUGGAGCUGCUGCGCCGCGAUAGCGAGGGCGUCUUGGCGCCAGACGAUGUGCUGUAUGUGACGACGCACAUGAUCACGGCAAACUUCUACAAUCGGCACCUGUGGAAUCGAAUGGAGAAGUCUCUGCUGCUGAGGAACUACGACACGAUCGACAUGGCCACCGUAAAGGCCCUCUCAACGAAGCUGUUCAAGACGCGUCGCGGCUGCGCGAAGGAGACACUGGACGUCCGGCGAAAGAUCUUGAGCGCGAUGGCGCGCCGAGUGGCAGUGCUGGCAAACGAUUUCGAUUUGCCGUCCCUUCUUGGCAUCCUGCAGUGCUACACGAUACACGACAUGACACCGCCGCCGAUCCAGUCGCUCGCCGUGCGCGCGACGAAUCAUGUCAGCGAGUUCACGCCGCAAGAGUGCGCAACGCUUUCGCAGGUGCUGCGCAAGUUCAGUCUUCUUCGCCUCGAGGUGUGCGAGCGGCUUAUUGAGCGUAUCUGCACCGCAGACGAACUAAAUCAUCACAUGGUCCACUCUGCUCUGAUAUCCAUCCGCACGUGCUACAACCGCGUCAGCGACUCGGGCCGCAAUGCGCUGCAAGCGGAGCCGACCCGACAGAAGCUGCGAGCCAUGGGGGAGCAGGUGAGCUGCCGCUUGCAAGAAGCCACGUUCCCGACGAUGAACGUAAUACUGAACAUACUCGACAUCGUCGUAAACCUGCGCAUCUACGUGCCGAAAAAGUCCUUGCAGAGCCUCUUUACCCGCGCCUUGAACAUGGUCAAGGUAGUCGUGGAGCAGGAGGAUGAUCUGAUCGACCCCACCACCGGAAAGCGCGUGCGGCCCAUCACGAUGGAGCAAGGCCGUCAGCUGCACGCGCUACUACUGCACUACGGGUCUGACUUGUGCCCAGAUCUGCAGACGCUGCUUAAGCAGUGCUUCAAGGACGGCCUCCUACCCGAUGAAGCGUCACUCUAA